AUGGGAGUGGAGCAUGCUGAAUUUGUGUCGGGAUCAACUUCCAGCACUCAGAACCUCAAUUGUGAGCGAGAUGAUGCACUUCUGGUAGAACCAGAGUUGCUUUUGGAAAAUGGCUCUAUAAAUGCGAAUGGGAGAUAUCAAAAUGCCAUGUCAGAAGAAUUUGAGUGUAAUCUUUGGUUCUGUGCUGCUCCUUCACUUGCUGACAAUGUAUUAACUGGUGCAUAUUGUGGUGGCAGCCAACUCUUGCAAUCUGGAUUGCUGUCAAUUUGGACAAUGGAGCCAGGACAGAAUCUAUGCAUUGACCAACAGUUGAGUGUGAGGUCAAUUACCUUUUCGAGUGCUGGGGAAGCUUUAGCCAUGCAAACUACUCUGCAUAGCUUGGUGCUUUAG